AUGAGUAAUCAGGUUGGAGCCGUAGGCAGCCACGCAGAAUUCGGGUUGGCGCUGCAUUCGAGACUGACCAGGAGAAGGCGCAGAGAUUCAGUGAUUCACUGCCGUGACAAAGAAUCUUAUUAUUUCAAGCCGCUGAAUGAAUGCUAUCGAAUUUUUCGAACCGAAUUUUUGGCAGUGGAUCCGAAACGAAAGCUUGCAUACGGUGGCACUCGUAGCGAACAUAUGCUCAACUGCUGGAAGAAAUACCGCGGCAGGCUGCUCGACAUAGGAUGGAAUCACAUCGGAGAGAAAAUGGAGGCAGUGAAAAAGCUCGCGGUUGAUUUUAAUCGCAAAACAUACAAGCGACAAGCUAUCCAACUUGGUUUCAUGAUCAAUCGGAAGCGCGAACUCAUCUCGCAAAACGGUCGAUACUUCGACGUACUGGAAAAUGUGUUCGUGGAACGUGACAGUGCAGAGGAUCCUUGUCCUAAAGUUGAUACAAAUAUGUGA